UCAUUUCCUGACUAUAAGAGACACAAGCUGAUCUGAAUACCACUGGGGUGGCAGAUCUGCACAGCUGUACAACCUGAAAAUCUGAGAGCAGAAAUGGGGGACAAUUAUUCUGACUGGAAUUUUGGGGAUUUUGAUGAGAACGACACCAUUCCAUUCCCAACUGAUAUAUCGCCGUCCCAUAUUGGUGCCCGACACUGGAUCGCUCUUGUCUGCUACGCCAUUGUGUUCCUGCUGGGCGUCCCGGGUAAUGCCCUGGUUGUGUGGGUGACUGCGUUUCGGAUGCCCAACUCAGUGAAUGCACAGUGGUUUCUAAAUCUGGCUAUCGCUGAUUUUUUGUGCUGCUUGUCACUUCCCAUCCUCAUGGUUCCACUGGCCCAGGACCAGCACUGGCCAUUCGGUGCAUUAGCCUGCAAAUUAUUCAGCGGCAUCUUCUACAUGAUGAUGUACUGCAGUGUUCUCCUCCUGGUUGUGAUCAGUUUAGACCGUUUCAUACUAGUGACCAAACCGGUGUGGUGCCAAAACCACAGGCAACCACGACAGGCCCGCAUCCUAUGUCUUAUCAUUUGGAUCCUCGCUCUUUUGGGUAGUUCUCCUUAUUUUGCUUACAUGGAGAUACAAGAUAACACCGAGUCUAAAACAUUGUGCGCCAGUACCUAUAGCAGCUCGGGUCACGCAUGGGCGAUAACCAUUAUUCGCAGCUUUCUGUUUUUCCUGCUACCCUUUUUAAUCAUCUGCAUCAGCCACUGGAAGGUCUACCAGAUGACGAGUUCUGGACGGAAGAAAAGAGACAAGUCCAGGCGAACGCUGCGUGUGAUCCUGGCGCUGGUGCUCGGGUUUUUCUUAUGCUGGACUCCUCUACACAUUGUGGAUCUUCUGAUGCUGGUGUCAGAUCGACGGUCGGAGAGAUUUGAGGUCAACUUGAAUCUAGCCCAUGUGCUGACGCUGUGUUUGGCGUACAUUAACAGCUGCCUGAACCCACUGCUCUAUGUGUGCCUCGGACGCGGUUUCAAGGAGAAUCUGAUCAGCUCGCUGCGAAGCGUGCUUCACUUCGCAUCCGAGGCACCAACUCAUGGACCCAGCAUGACUACAAAUAGUAAGUCAACCACGGAUGGAACGUUCAGAGAGAAGCCCGUAUGAAAUGGUUAGCCUGGAGGUGUGUAAAUCAUUUCUAGAUCUAUAAAAUGUAUUAUUACAUGAAACAAUAUGAAUAAAAGUCAGUAACAGACAGUGUUGGGGAAAGUUACUUUCAAAAGUAAUGCAUUACAAUAUUGAGUUAUCCCCCCCCCAAUAAAAGCAGUUAGGCCCAACCCCAAUUCUACCCCUUAGCCUUUCCCCUUACCCCUACCCCUUGUUUUGCACAUUCACUUGAAGGGGUUGGGGUGUCCCAAUUCUCUUUAGCUUGAGGGCGUAAGGCUAAGGGAUAGGCUAGAUAGCCCUUGAAACAGAUUUUUCAGGACCACACUGGAAACCAAGAGGUACAAAGACUUCCCAGAAUACACCAUCUACAAAGGCAGUAUGGCUGCACCCGGACGUAAGGAGAUCCACAAAUUAGUAUUUUUUGUCAUUAUUACAAAUUUUUACAACCAACAAGCAUUUGUUUUAAUACAUUCAUAAGCGCGCACGUGUUUUACUUUCAUGUUUUAAAAAAUAAUACAACGCUAAAAUAAAAACCGCUAAAUAUUGCUUUCUAUGAUUACUAAAAUAACUUCUGUCACUCGAUGACGCUCGAAUACCCAGUCAGAAAAAGUUUAGUUGCUGGGAACGAGCUUUUUACGGUGUCUUGUAUAAUGUUAAUGAGGUUUUUGUGUGUUUACAAAGAUGAAUAUGACUCAUAAUGUAAGGCUCUGGUCUACCAUUUUUGUUUCUGUCAGUUCCAGUUGGGGCCGUAUUUUCCUAUUGAGUGCGUGAUUUAACGUGACUAUGUUUAUAUUAAUUCAGCAAUGUAUUUUAAAAAAAAAAACGAAUUAACUAAACUUAAGAGUAACAUGUAUUACAUUUUAA